AGCAUUGAGAAAUUACCCUCGCGCGCCGGAAGCGCGCCUAACAACAACCCCGAACCCUCAGCUCCUCGGCGGGAACGUCUCGCCCUCCGGCGGCUGCGGCAGGUUCCGCGACGCUGGCUUCGACAUCUCCUGACGCACGUACCCCAGCGCCGUCGCGAUCGUGCAGUCGUAGCGCCAGUUCGCCCGCAGCGCGCCGAGGUCGACGCGCCCCGACCGCGGGUCGACGCCCCGCAGGUUGACGCGCGUCUGGAAAUAUACCUCCGGCGGCACCCGCGGGUAGUCCGCGCCGCAGACGACCUCCAGACCGUAGAUGUUGUUGUCGAAGCGCGUGCCGGGCGGCCCGAUGAUCGACGCCUGCCACGUCGUCAGGAAAAUAUCGCUGGGGUCCUUGAGGCCGCAGGAGAUGGUCAUGUCGCCGCGCGCCUUGUCGAAGUUCUCCAGCUCCUCGAGGAGCUGCGCGCGGGGCCGGCGGGUCGUUCGGCGCGGGCGGGUCGAUUCGACGCGCGCGCGGGCGGAAACGCGAGACGCGGGCCGCGCGCCCUGAAAUUCCGGGGGACCACCACGACCUCGCCCAUGCUGGACAAGCGCGGCGCGCGUCGCGGACGGCGGCGGAGAGCGGCGCGGUUCAAAUGAGUGCGCAGGCCGGAGACGGUGCGCUUACGUGGUGGACGUCGCUGCCGUCGGUUGUUUUUGCGUCGCUCUGAAGCGACGCGCAGCGUGCGUGUGCUUUUUUCGCUCGUUGUUUUUGACCGCGUCGACGACGCUGCGGUGGGCUAGUACUAGUACUAGUAGCAUUUACUGUGCCCGGAGUUGAUCCGUACCUGGGGGUGGGUUCA